AGGAAUGGAAGGAGGAAGUCUGGUAGUAGGAAGAGGGUGAAGCCGCCGUUUCUCUCAAACCCUUUCGGUUCCUUCCCUUCUCUCUGGGUUUCUUCUUCUUCACCGCACUCGAAACCGAUACGCAUUCAAGCUUUUCUGGGUUUCUUCGAUAUUUUAUCGACAACGCCACAGAUUCUGGCUGGGCCGAGACAGAGAGAGAGAGACGGAGAACGCGAAAAAUGAAAAUCUAAGAGCGGGGAUUCCGAGCCCUUAUUCCCGUUGGAUGAGGUCAUAUUUGGAUGAUACUUGCUCUUAAGAUGAGUACAAGAAGAAAUGGGGUUUCCAGGUGUCAGAGAGUAGAGAAUAUUCGGGGUGAGGGGCCAAACUGGAUCCUAAUUGCCGGUGGUGCACUGUUGAGCACAUUGUCCAUUCGCUUUGGGUACAAGUUAAAGCGGUCACUUGACUCAAAACAACAAGCAAAUACAACUGGUGGGUUGAAAGGUUGUUAUGCAGUCAAUGGUGCAUCUGACAGAAGGUCAUCUCGCUGCUGCUUGCAUUCCAAUGUGCCUUCAUGUGUCCAGAAUGAUGAUCAUUGCUUGCACUGCAUCCCAGGAACUGAGAGUGCAGAGGGAAAGCAUGCGCCGAAGGAACAAAUGGGAUCUGCAUCCAAUUCUCCCCUUCCUCUGGUGACUGUUCAUACUCCAGAAUUCAACAAAGAGAGUGGCAUCAUGUGGGUAUCUUCUCCUGAUCGCCUAGAACUGCCCCCAAAGCCAUUUAAUCACCAUUCAACCUGUUCAGACUCUCCUUGUGUAUCUGAAUGCGGCUCAGACAUCUUCAUCAAACGAGAAGUGAUACAGAAACUGAGGCAACAACUGAAGAGACGGGAUGAUAUGAUCUUGGAAAUGCAGGAUCAGAUCCUGGAGUUGCAGAAUUCGCUUAGCGCACAGAUGGCUCACUCUAGCCAUCUGCAGGGACAGCUAGAAGCAACAAACAGAGAUCUGUUUGGUUCCGAAAGAGAAGUACAGAGGCUCAGAAAGGCAUUCACGGAUCAAUGUGUGGGAUACACUGGUAGUAACGGGAAGGCAUCACCGGUUGCAGCCUGGGGUGGUCAUACAAACGGGUUUAUGGACGGAGGAGAAAGCAACUCCGAGUCACCAGAGAAGGGCUUAGCUGACGGGGAAAGGAUCGAUAUGUUGAGACGGGAAGUGGGAGAGCUGAAGGAAGUGAUAGAAGGGAAGGAAUAUCUUCUUCACAGCUACAAGGAGCAGAAGGGGGAGCUGCUGUUGAAAGUUAAAGAGUUGCAGCAGAGAUUGGACUUGCAGCUUCCGAACAUAUUGUAAGUAAGAGUUAGGCAUUGUGCAUUCUUUCACGUUCUCUUUGUUCUUUUCGUUUUUUGAGAAAAUGAAUUUAAUGCCCAGAAAUCAUGGGCUCUGGACAUUGUCUUUGUCUUUAGUCUCCAGCUUCAGUUUUAUGAAUGUUUGGUCGCUUCUGUUUUCAUGUCUUGUCUCUUGGAUGUUGGUGGUGUAAAGGAAAUAGCUGAAGCUGAUGAUGAGGUGUUGCCAAUGCAAAGUUUAGACAGUUUUAAGUUUGAA